AUGCAGGUGCUACGACGUCGACGUGGCAUCUCCCUGGCGUUGCUUUCGGCGGUUGCCUCCGCCUUCGUGGCGCGUGCAGUGAUCAAGCCGCCCGCAGAGGAACGCCUCUCCUCGUGCUCCGCAGCCCAGAAUGGCACGAGCACCUGUGCGGCGUGGGAGCUUGCGGGAGUUAAUGUGACCGAUCCUUCCACGGGAUUGAGGAAGAUGGAUUUGGUGGAAACCCUCGACGACUGUUGCAAGGGCUGUGACGAAGUUGUCGAUUGCCAGGGGUGGAUCUUCGAGCACCUGGACAAGCGAUGUCGGUGGGUGCACUUCUUGGACAAGGUGUGUAACAGCAAUCCGGGCGAUCUCAGCUGCCGAUGUUUUACGAGCCGCGGGAUAGCCUUCAGCUUCAAGCCCCCGAAGAAGACAUACCUGAUCUGGGUGGAAAGUGACUGGGGGACAAAAGUGCAGAAGAAGUGGGUCGAGACCCAUGCCGUGCGGGGCAUUAGUCUCGGUAUUCGCCACGGCGAGUGCUUCGGGCUGCUGGGGCCUAAUGGUGCUGGCAAAACGACCACCCUGGCCGUCCUCCAGGAGAACAACGAAGAUAUGGCCUCCUUCGUUCAGGAGGACGAAGGCAUGUCUCCUUGUUUCAGCGAGGUUCCCUCAGACUUUCAAUCGAACCUGCUGAUGCGCACCCUUUGCCCUGCGUCUUUGCCCUUUCGGGAUCGGCUGGCCCGGGCGACGCCGGCGCGAGACGUCCAGGGUCACCCGUCUCCGUCAUACCAAACCUUAAACAUACCCCUCUUCCCCAUGGAACCUACCUUCAGUUUGUGUUCCUUAUAG